AUGAUGAAACAAAUAGCGGUCAUUUCCACGUUUGUGGCCGUUUGUUUUGGGUUAUUCUUGCCGGAAACUGAUGUGGAGUCGUUGACCAAAGUUAUGACGGACUCUGUUUCCAAACGGGGGCUGAAAAGCUUGCCUCCGCUCAGUUCCUGGCCCAAACCCCACGAACGGACCCUCAAGCCGGGCGAAAUCCCGGCUUUUGUGAUAGAUUACGCGCCAAUGGUUUAUCUCUACUCGGAAGAGCGAUACAUGCCGUACAACAUAGAGGAGUUUGUGACCCAUUUCCAUGCCGAACUCGAGAACGGAACCCGGCUUGACCAAUUUGGAGAUUCGCUCAAAAUCACCGACCUGGAGGCCCUUCAACAGUUCCAGUCGCACGAGAAUCCGGUUUAUUUCAUGUCGAACGAGGAUUUCGACACAGACCCGGAGUGGAUCACCGGACGCAAAAAUAGACCAAAUUUCUAUACAGGAGAGCUUAAAAACGUCCCCGCGACGCUUAUCGUGGUGGAUAAAGGAAACGGAUGGGUUGAUGCUUACUGGUUCUACUUCUACUCGUUCAACGAGGGUCCGUAUGUGAUGGGGACCGGGCCGUUCGGCGACCAUGUCGGCGAUUGGGAGCAUUCUCUGGUCCGCUUCUACAACGGAGAGCCCGUGAUUGUGUGGAUGAGUGCCCAUGGAGGAGGCGGAGCAUACUUUUAUACCAAUCUCGAGAAGCUGGACACCCAUCCGGUGAUUUUUGCUGCUCGGGGAACCCACGCCAACUAUGCUUCCACUGGCCAACAUUCGCACGAUCUUCCAUAUUCGAUUCUGUCUGACUUCACAGACAGAGGUCCAUUGUGGAACCCAUCCUUGAACUUCCUCGGGUACACGUAUGACGGGACGUCGGUCACGUUUGCCAACGGGUCGCAUGCUGGUCGCGAGCAGAAGUUUGGCAACUGGCUCAAGUUUGUUGGCUACUGGGGCGACAAAAAGCUUCCACCGGACGAUCCAAGACAACGGUGGUCUCCUUUCGAAUGGAAAUACAUUGGCGGGCCGUGCGGACCGAUGUGCAAGAACCUGCUGCGGAUCUCGCCGUGUCAGCGGGCGAAAUGGUGGAAUUUCUGGAACGGUUGCAAUAUCAGACGGUACAUCAAGUACGGGGACGGGUUAUUUGAUUCUGAGGGAAAUAACAGCUGCGGCAACCUGUACAACAAGAUCCGGCCGAAACUCUUGCAACGUGUUGUCAAGACGUUCACGUUGGGAGGCUAUUUCUGCUGGAUCAUGGAUGUGGUUUACGGAUAA